UAUCCUCGAAGAGGCGUAAAAAUGAGCAAAUUUAGCUACCUCCAAAAUGGCAACGGUGUGUCGAAUGGUCACCAUCAUCACCAGAAUGGACAUUCGGCAGGAAACCGGAAUGGUGACUCGGGGCUGACAGAAACUUCCCCGCCGAAGGGCGCUACGAGCGGGCCCUUCCAUAUGACGCGCCCUGACCAGCACGUUGGGUAUACCUAUGACAUACUGCAGGAAAUCGCCAAUCAUCUGAUGGCGCGUACGGAGCUCCGCCCGAAGGUUGGAAUCAUUUGCGGGUCCGGAUUGGGUACGCUUGCCGAUCAGCUGACGGACGUGGACAGCUUCGAUUAUGAGACGAUCCCGCAUUUCCCCGUUUCAACCGUCGCUGGACAUGUUGGGCGACUUGUGUUCGGUUAUCUGGCAGGUGUACCGGUUAUGUGUAUGCAGGGUCGGUUCCAUCAUUACGAAGGAUAUCCUCUGGCAAAGUGUUCCAUGCCAGUUCGCGUGAUGCACCUGAUCGGAUGCACACACCUGAUCGCGACGAACGCCGCUGGUGGUGCGAAUCCGAAGUACCGCGUUGGUGACAUCAUGCUGAUCAAGGAUCACAUCAACCUGAUGGGAUUCGCCGGAAAUAACCCACUGCAGGGACCGAACGAUGAGCGAUUUGGACCGCGUUUCUUCGGUAUGGCCAAUACGUACGAACCGAAGCUGAUCCAAAAGGCGAAGGAAUUCGGUCGACAGAUUGGCAUCGAGAACGAGCUGCGUGAGGGCGUCUACACGUGUCUCGGAGGACCUAACUUCGAGACCGUGGCUGAGGUGAAAAUGUUGGCUAUGUUGGGCGUGGACGCGAUCGGUAUGUCGACUGUGCACGAGAUCAUCACCGCAAGGCACUGUGGCAUGACGUGUUUGGCGUUCAGUCUCAUCACGAACAUGUGCACCAUGAGCUACGACGAGGAGGAGGAACACUGCCACGAUAGUAUUGUAGGUGUGGGCAAGAACCGGGAGAAAACGCUCGCUCAGUUCGUGAGCCUUAUCGUUAAGCACAUCCACUACGAAGGGAAGAAAUAAGCUGACGUGCUCGGACGGAAGGAAAUGUACCGAACGAAAAAGAAAAAAAACAUGAGUACGGAGCGGAACGUUUUUCUGGAGAAUCUUUCGUGAUCGAUCUUAAGUGGCUGGGAGACGCACUAGAUAAAUGAUAGUGAAUUAGGUAGGGUUAACUAAUGUAUCUGUAAGCGUAAUCGUAAUUUAGGCAGCCUUAAUGCGUGAGGGAAACUUCUAAGUCCACUUUCCUUUGCGUUAGACAAAACCGCCAUCGAAGAGUUGUAAUAAAUGAGUAAUCAU